AGAAGAAGAAGAGGACCCACGUGACCAAACUGUCAUGGCGGCCGCCGCUGCAGUCCGGACGAGCGUCGGACUCUCUUUAAGAUUGGCCAAAGUUGCACCGCAGUGCCGUGUUUGUCCGUUUAACCGGUUAAAUCUCUGCAACGGCGCCACGAUAGCAAAGACAGAUCGCCGUUUUUCAGCGCCGAGCAGAGAGUUACAGACUUCCAUAAAUCGGCACCAGGGCGAGGAGGGCAGUUCGACUGUAGAAGAUCCAGAUGAAGAUGUCAUUAAUGUGGUGUUUAUUGACCGGUCUGGACAGAGGAUACCGGUGAAGGCGAAAGUGGGAGACAAUGUUCUGUAUUUAGCGCAUAGACAUGGCAUCGAACUUGAAGGGGCCUGCGAGGCAUCGUUGGCUUGCUCCACCUGUCACGUUUAUGUAAAUUAUGAAUACUAUGACAAGCUGCCUGAGCCUGAAGAAAGGGAGGACGACAUGCUUGAUAUGGCCCCAUUGCUGCAGGAGAACUCUCGUCUUGGUUGCCAGAUCAUUUUGACCCCCGAGCUGGAUGGCAUUGAGCUGACGCUACCCAAGGUCACGCGGAACUUCUACGUUGACGGCCACAUCCCCAAACCUCAUUGAUUAAAGGGUUAAAGUCCCGAACGUGCAAACAAUGGGUGACAUCUUUUCUCAAGAUGACUGAGAAGCUUGUGUUUAAAGGACUAAAGAACACUGGUGAAAACAUCAGUCAGAUAUUUCCGUUUUCAAGUGUGUCCUGAUAAUCCGCACACUCUGAAUAGUGUUUUCGAAGCGCACAACAUCUGGAUCAAGAAAAGUCUUUGAUCCCUUCGAUCAGAAACGUAAAAAUGCCUUUUGAAUCUGUUAAGUUAGAUGGUUGAACACCGGGACGGAACGUCUUAGAAGCACCUCCGAGUUCUGGAGUUCUGUUGUAGUAUUCAAAAAUUUCCAAAGGUAGUGAAGGUGACAUUUUGCUUUACGCACAUCAGACAUGCGCACAAUUUUUCUGUAUAUAUUCUUAUGUGAGUGUGUAACAGUGAAAUGCAUUAUGGCAUUGUCAUUUUCUUUUUAGGAUGUUUUAUUUUUUUUUCACAGUAUGAUUAAUUUAGAUCUUUUAGAGGAUAAAGGAAGAAAUUGAGGUGUUGGUUAGUGAUAUUUCUGCCUUCCGAAAGAACACAAUUUUUCUAAAGCUGGUUUUCAGAAUGAUUAACAGGAUUUACAGCUGUGUGUGUAAUUUAGUCAAGACCUGACGAUAUUUUUGUGGAACUAAAAUUAAAUUCUCUAAACAUGGCAGGAGUAUUCAGCGUCCAGUGAUGGCAGUAUGUGAGCCAUAGUGCACCCAUUAACACGUUUUAAACUACGAAUAUACAUAAUGUUUUUGCUUUAAGAAAUAAAAUCUCACUGUGAUGUAAAACCACUAAACCCACAAACUUUCAAUGACAGCAGCUGGCUUGUAAAUGGCUUUGCGUUACAUUACACGUUUGUCAAACGAAUUAAAAUAAAUCAUAAAUCUCAA